CUUUCUUUCUUCCUUUUUCCCUUUUCUCGUAAAGUUCUAAUGGAUCACCUUGCCCCUUAUUUAUCCAAAAUCGAUCGCGAAAAGCUACCCACCGUUGCCGGCAUCACUGCUGCUGUUGCAAUCAUCCUUUAUGCAUAUGCAAAAACAAAAAGUGAUAACCCAGGCAAAGGAUUGAAACCAGUGCCCACAGCUCCCGGUUGGUACCCACUUGUCGGUCAUUUAAUCACGAUGGGAAAACGACCAGUGUUGCAGCUUCAAAAGUGGCACGAAUCAAUUGAUGCACCGUUUUUCUCUGUAUAUAUGGGAGCGCGUCGUACAGUUAUGAUCAACGAUCCAACAGUUGCGCAUGAAAUAUUUGUUCACCGCGGUGCAAUUACUUCAUCUCGCGCAUCGCAUACUUUCUCUCAUAAUAUUUAUGGUGUGGGCGGCAGAGGAGUCGUGAUUGCCAAGGCAGGAAAGAAAUGGAAAGAUUCACGAACACUCGCACUCGAUAUCCUAGCACCCAAGUUUGUAGACCAGUUCGCCGACGUUAUCAGCAAGGAAACCGAGAUAGCGGCUGAAACGCUGAUCAAGGCUACCCAAACAGCCGGCAGCAUCAAUCCUUUGAAAACACUUCAGUUAGCCACUUUGAAUGUCAUCAUGCUGACGUGCUUUGCUGAACGCUUGCCAUCCACCGAUGACUCUAUGUUUCGCACAUUAGUUGAUUUGGCCGAACGCACUUUGAAAUAUGCUGGUCUUUUGGGUGAUAUCGGUGCUUUCUUCCCAUCACUCAAAUGGAUUGAUAAACUCAGUGGUCGGCAAGGCAAGCUCAAGGCAUUUGUUAAGGAAUUUCGAGAUGAACCUUUGGGUAUCUUGAUCGAAAGAGCACGGAAGACACCAAAAGAUUGUCUCGUCAAAACGAUCGAUAAUAUGAAGGAGAAACUUCACUUGGAUGAAUUGGAUGUCACGAUGAUUUUGAGCGAUAUGAUUGUUGCAGGCUCAGAUACCACAGCUGUAUCGCUGACUUGGGCGUUUGCUAUUUUGGUUCGUUAUCCCAAAAUCCAAGCACGUAUGCAAGAAGAAAUUGAUACCUUUGUUGCCAAGGAAGGACGACUACCCAAAUUUAGUGAUCGCGAACUAUUCCACUAUACGGUUUCAGUUCAGAAAGAGUGUAUGCGGUAUCGAACAACGACAAACUUUGGUGUUCCUCAUGUAUCUACCGAAGCAUUUGAGUAUCGCGGUUACUACAUCCCGGAUGCAACGACUCUAAUUUCAUCCAUGUAUGCAAUGCAUAGAAACCCCGCUGUGUUCCCUAACCCAGACAAGUUUGAUCCCGAGCGCUUCAUGUCAAAUACCAAGUCAAUGAUGGCUGCGGCUAACGGUCCUUUGGAGAACAGAGAUCAUUUCAACUUUGGAUGGGGAAGACGCCUCUGCCCCGGCUUACACUUGGCCGAAGUUGAGUUAUUCGACAUGUUUAUUUCCGUAUUCUCGAAAUGUAAUAUCUUGCCAACACUUGACGCCCAAGGCCAGCCUGAAUAUCCAAACAUUGAUGAUGUCAAAGCCGGAGGUGUUGUCGUAACUCCUGUUGAUCAUUGCGUCCGUUUCGUGCCCCGCAACUAGUAAAGCUAUUUCAGGAGUAUGAUUCUAUGUUACAUAUGCAUGUGUUUAUAACAUAUUCUGCGUAAUGGCCAGCGCCACCAGGGAGAUUUAACACACCAAGUUACAUCAAGUUAUAUUGUUUCCAAUUUUAUAUAUGACCACUGCCAACUUAUCCAUAGCAGCUUAUCAAGUAGUAUCGUGUUGGCUACGCGUUAUUUUCUGAUUAUACAUAGCUUGUGAUUAUAUCGAUUUUCAAUUUUCUUUUUUGGAUGAAAUGUCUUCUACACAAAUUGAGGCGCAAUACAGUAUCCCGAGUUCCUUACAUUGUG